CUUCCACCCAUUCAUGCCUCCCGCUUCCUCCUCCACCCAAUGCCGCCACAGCGCCUCGCCACCGCCACCGCGCACCACCCCGCCGGCCCGUCCCGCCGCCGGCUCCACCACCGCCGCGGCGCGAUGUUCUCCGUCUCCUGCUGGCGCAUCGGGGCCAUCGCCUCCCUCGUCGCGGCGGCCGCGGCCACCACCGUGCUCCUCAACUUCUCCCUCCCAUCCUCACCCCACGUGCCCGCCACAGACUUCACCGGGAAACUGUCCGCCGCGAUCUCCCCGCCGCCACCGCCCUCGUCGCCUCCUCCAGCACCGGCGACGCCGCCUCCUCCUCCUCCCGCGCCACCGCCACCUGCUGCAAGGCCGCGACGAAGAGAGCCGUCGUAUUGGAGGAUGGCGCCGGAGGAGGCACUGCGGUACGCCAAGAAGGAGAUAAUGGCCGCCGGGCCGGUGAUCGACGACCCCGACCUAUACGCGCCUCUCUUCAAGAACGUCUCCCAGUUCAAGAGGAGCUAUGAACUGAUGGAACGGAUACUCAAAGUUUACAUUUACCAGGACGGCCGGAGGCCCAUCUUCCACACGCCUCCCCUCAGCGGCAUCUACGCGUCCGAGGGCUGGUUCAUGAAGCUCCUCAAGGAGAGCCGGAGGUUCGCCGUCACCGACCCCGCCAAGGCGCACCUCUUCUACCUUCCCUACAGCUCCCAGCAGCUCAGGAUCUCGCUCUACGUUCCCGACUCCCACAACCUCAGGCCGCUGGCCGCCUACCUCCGCGACUUCGUCAAAGGCCUCGCCGCCAAGUACCCGUUCUGGAAUCGCACCAGAGGCGCCGACCAUUUCCUCGUCGCCUGCCAUGAUUGGGGAUCUUACACGACGACGGCGCAUGGCGACCUGCGCCGGAACACCGUCAAGGCGCUGUGCAACGCGGACAGCUCGGAGGGGAUCUUCACCCCGGGCAGGGACGUGUCACUCCCGGAGACGACGAUCCGGACGCCGAGGCGGCCGCUCCGGUACGUCGGCGGGCUGCCGGUGUCGCGGCGGGGCAUCCUCGCCUUCUUCGCCGGCAACGUGCACGGCAGGGUGAGGCCGGUGCUCCUCAAGCACUGGGGCGACGGCCGCGACGACGACAUGCGGGUGUACGGGCCGCUCCCGGCGCGGGUGUCCCGGCGGAUGAGCUACAUCCAGCACAUGAAGAACAGCCGCUUCUGCCUCUGCCCCAUGGGGUACGAGGUGAACAGCCCCCGGAUCGUGGAGGCGCUCUACUACGAGUGCGUUCCGGUGAUCAUCGCCGACAACUUCGUGCUGCCGCUGAGCGACGUGCUGGACUGGAGCGCCUUCGCGGUGGUCGUCGCCGAGAAGGACGUACCGGACCUGAAGAAGAUACUGCAGGGGAUCACGCUCCGGAAGUACGUGGCCAUGCACGGCUGCGUCAAGCGGCUGCAGAGGCAUUUCCUGUGGCACGCGAGGCCCCUCCGGUACGACCUCUUCCACAUGAUCCUGCACUCCAUCUGGCUGAGCAGAGUGAACCAAAUCGAGCUCCACGAGUAGAGACCGCGUCUUGUGUUCGGUCAGAGAAAUGUACGUUCUUGGUUCAGCGCAAGAUUCUCUGUAAGUUUUGGAGAAGACUGGCCAGAAUCUUAAACGAUA